GACAGUUGUCAGUGGUGCACUUAAUUUGAGAUUAGUAUCAAAUUCGACUGAAGUCUAUUAAAAAUGAUUCAAACGGAACUUACAAAAAUCGACGAUGCCCUGGACAUCUGCUACUUGGUGGAGGAAGAUCUGUACGAGUGUCUGAAUCUCGUGAAGGGCAUGACCCGGAAGACCAAUGUUCCCGGGCGCUACACCUUUUUCAUGGAUUCCUUUAUGGACGACUGUUCGCUGAACAGCCCCGAGCUCACGGAUCAGGAUGCUUCGUCCCUGAAAACUGUGGACUUGGAAAUGGACAUGCUGAGCCAGCUGUGCGGGGCCAGAACUGCCCAGGAGCUGGCCGACUCCUAUGUAAAUGUGCGGUACAAGUUUAUCAAGCUGAAGCGCGAUUUGGAGGGCACCAUGUCGCUGUACCAGAGAAUCUCCGACUGCGCGAGUUGCCAGGAAAGGAUUUCCCAUCCCAUGCUUGAGGGCUCCUGGGGCAGCAAGAAGAGGUUGUGCAAGCACUAGGAAUGCCAAGUCCCGACAACUAUUCCAUCAAAGGCGGCGAGCGUGUGCAAAUUGCAAAUUGUGUCGACACUUGGCAGCUUUUAUUAAAAAUUACUGCCACCAUUAGCCGAAUAGCACGGCACCUCGGGCGGGGGUAACUUUCCAAAACUCAUUUGGCCCGACAUGAAAAUGAGGCAAAGUUUUUAUCAGGGUCUCAGUUUUUCUGGUGUCUCGCGACACAAGUUUUUCCUGACGUUGAGCACGAUGAUGAUGAUGGUGAUGAUGGCAGGACAGUAACAAGUCAGCUGCAUGUUUAUGAGCACGACAAUGGGUAAAUACAAAUACGGACAUACGAGACGAUGUGUGGGGGAAACAUGAGAAAUUGCCAGCGCAAAACUUGAGAUAAUGUAAUGCAAAAGUGGCCCAGGACCAGACGCAACUUUGCCAUAACGCUUUGCCAACUUGGCUCUGUGUUUGUGCAGCGUAAUAUUUGUGAGCAUUAUUUUAUAUUUUAUAUUUUGUUUCUGUUUCCAUUUUUUGCCCCACCGCCCGAAAGGGGAACCUCGGCACUUCGUUAGAGGAACAAGUAGUCGGGAGAAGGACCCUGGUCGGCCAACUGGACGGCUGCAAGGACAUAAAACAGUGAAGUUUUGCAUAUUUAAAGUAAUAUCAA